AAAUUAUGCAUAAAUGCACGAGGCAUUUUUACUCGAGACAGGGCACCACGAAACGAAGAACAGACAGCACACCCAAACGGCACCUCGUACGCGCAGCUGCAGCGCAAUGGCGUCCUCGGCUGAUCCGCACGUCGUGGAGGACUGCCGCGGCAUGCUGCAGGUGCUCAGCGACGGCACCGUCGCGCGCUUCGAGCCGCCGCCCAUCCCCGCCGGCGACGACGACGGGCGCGUGGAGUGGAAGGACGCCGUGUACGACGCCGGCCGCGGCCUCGGCCUCCGCAUGUACAAGCCCGCCGCGGCCGAGAAGAAGCUCCCCGUGCUCGUCUACUUCCAUGGCGGGGGAUUCUGCGUGGGCUCCUACGCGUGGCCCAACUUCCACGCCGGCUGCCUCCGCCUCGCCGCCGAGCUCCCCGCCGUCGUACUCUCCUUCGACUACCGCCUCGCCCCCGAGCACCGCUUCCCCGCCGCCCACGACGACGCCGCCACCGCCCUCCUUUGGCUCCGCGACCAGCUCGCCUCUGGCACCACCAACCCGUGGCUCGCCGACGCGGCGGACGCACGCAGGGUGUUCGUGUCCGGAGAGUCGGCCGGCGGCAACCUCACGCACCACCUGGCCCUCCGCUUCGGCAGCACCCCGGGGCUGCUCGACCCCAUAAACAUCGCCGGGUACGUCAUGCUGAUGCCGGGGUUCCUCUCGGAGCGGCGGACGCGGUCGGAGCUGGAGUCCCCGGCGACGGCGUUCCUGACCAGGGACAUGUGCGACACGCUCUCCCGCCUCUUCCUGCCCGCCGGAGCCGACAAGGACCACCCGCUGAUCAACCCGCUGGGGCCGGAGAGCCCGAGCCUGGACCCGCUACUGGACGUUCCGGUGCUCGUGGUGGCGGCCGAGCGCGACUUGCUGCGGGACAAGAACGUGGAGUACGCGGAGCGGCUCAGGGCGUUGGCCGCCGCGGGGAAGGGGAAGAAGAAGGAGGAGGAGAACGUGGAGCUCGUCGUGUUCCCCGGCGAGGAGCACGCCUUCUUCGGGGUCAAGCCGGAGUCCGAGGCCGCCGGCGAGGUUGUCCGGCUCAUCGGGCGGUUGGUAGCUAGGUCGUCGGUCAGCCGAAUGAGUUGAGCCGUCCAGUCGUCCGUCCGUUGGGCCAUUGGGUGGAAGUGGAGGUCGUCAGAUUCCACUCCUUUUUUACCUCUCUGCAUACAAUAAUUGAUCGAACACGAUUUGCUGAUUUGCCAUUUGCAGCCAGACAUUGCUCGGAAUUUGCUACAGAAAAGGUGAAUAAAGCCAAUUUGCUUUUUGCGAAAAUGA